AUGGCUCUGUGUCAGAACCGAUUACAAGAAGAGAGAAAGCAGUGGCGGCGAGACCAUCCCUUUGGGUUCUAUGCCAAGCCCCAACGUACCAAGGAGGGUAUCCUCGAUGUCAAGAACUGGGAGUGCGGCAUUCCCGGAAAGGACAACACCAUCUGGGCUGGCGGACUCUUUAAGCUGACCAUCGCUUUCCCUGACGAAUAUCCCACAAAGCCUCCUAAGUGCAAAUUCGUCCCUCCGCUGUUCCACCCCAACGUCUACCCCUCAGGCACCGUUUGCCUGUCUAUCCUCAACGAGGAGGAGGCAUGGAAGCCCGCCAUCACCGUCAAGCAGAUCCUGCUGGGCAUCCAGGACCUCCUCAACGACCCGAACCCCGAGUCUCCUGCCCAGGCAGAGGCGUACAACCUGUUUAAGAAGGAUCGCGCCGAGUACGAGAAGCGGGUUCGCCGUCUGGUCCGCGACAACCCCACUCCCUGA